AGUUGGGGAGGCAAUACAGUAGGAACUAUGACCGUGAAGGCUGUCGUGCUGUCUAUCCUCUUGUGCUUCGUGGGCGCCGGGCUGGGUGUGGGCGCCGAGGGGUCUUGUCCUGAGCCGAGCGAUAUCCUUCCCUGCACAUGUAAUAAUGGCUCCCUUGGACUCGUUAUGGACUGCUCCGGGGUAAAAGACGAGCCCGAGCUGGCACAGGUUUUCGCGAUUGAUCUCCCUUCCACAAACUUCUACGAGCUGCUGAUUUCCCACGAUCCAGUGAACCCAGACUACCAACUCCAAUCCCUUAAGGCAACCACGCUGGGGGAGGCGACCUUCGAGCGGGUCGCCAUCAGCGGCACCCAGAUCGUUACCAUCGCCGGGUACGCCCUCGACAAGUCAAAGUCGACCCUCAAAGUCCUCUCUCUCGACGGAAACAGAAUUAAUUCGUUUCCCUUCGAGGCCCUCCCAAGGUACACCAAGCUCACCAGGCUGCUCCUCGCCAACAACAACCUUGAAAUUCUGCCGCAGAUUAUAUCAGAGACGCUCGAGAGUUUGGACGUGCAGGGGAACACGAUGGUGGUUGAAAGCAAGGCCUUUGAGCGCAGUCCUUCCCUUCUCAGUAUUGACCUGUCACGCACGGGCCAGCAGAGCCUCCAGCCGGGCCUCUUCACCCCGCUGGCAAACUUGCAGGAGCUGGACUUGUCGGACAACGAGAUCACGGAGCUGGAGGAGGCGGCCAUCGUCACCGCCGCGUCGUCCAUGUUGUUUCUUGACCUGUCCAGGAACGACAUCACCUUCGUGCGCCACGACUCCAUUGUCGGCCUGUCACCGGGCGGCUUUCUCCUCAUGAACAACAACGGCAUCACGGAGCUGACGAAGGAGUCUUGGCAGCGCAUCUUUGAACAGCUCCAACCCGACGGCUACAUCAGUCUGGCGGAGAACCCGUUGGUGUGUGGGUGUGAGAUGAAGUGGUUGGUGCAGAACGAGACGUACCUCAACCUCCUCACCGACACCACGAAGUGCGCCACCGGUGAAAUGAUCAUCUUCCUCGACCCCAACAUGUUCGACGUCCUCUGUCCAUAGAACUCUUGCCGUGUGCUCCACCUAAGCCAUACAUUUUAACAUUGGGCCAUAUUCUGAAGCAUUUCGGUUUGACAAGACAUUCUCUCUCUCUCUCUCUCUCUCUCUCUCUCUCUCUCUCUCUCUCACACACACACACACACACACAAGCUGACCCAUCUCCCGUCCAGUCAUUGCCGUUGUUGAGGACGCUUCCUCUGCCCGGCCCGUUAGUCCUGGCGGUGUUAUGGUGUAAGCCGUAAGGAUGAGAGGGUAUCGCGGUGGAGGGUGAGGGCCUUGGGAGAGGUGAAGAAAACAUCACUGCUCCCUCCAGAAAGUAGCGGAGGCUUAAGAGUAGAAAGUUACUUGAAAAGACGAUGAGCUUUGAAUGCCUCAAGUAGGACCAUAACCGCCGUGGGUCAGGAAAGUCAACAGAGGGAGGGUCACCGUCCUCUGAUAAAGGCCGCCACCACCAACCCGACGACCCUUCCUCCGCCCCCUCUUUCCCCCCACUCCCUGCCCCUCCUGGCAGUGAGAGAGAGAGAGAGAGAGAGAGAGAGAGAGAGAUUUACAUAGAGAGCUAGUAGUAGUAGUAGUUAUUAUAACAUUAUAACAAACAGCCUUGACAGAUUAUAAUUAUCUAUAUGUUGCACUGAGAUAGACAGAUUGUCUUUUGUACUAACUUACAUUUUAUAAUAGAUACAGAUGAUGAUGAAGCUGUUCCUUUGUCUUAGUGUGCAUAGAGCUAAUACUUUAAUAUUGAAAGAGCUGGCACAGAAUGCACCUUUCUCAGCACUGGCUGUCACUGAUAGCUGAGGAGCCCGGUCAGUGAGUGCUCAACCAAUCAUGAACUUAUGUCCAACAUGUAUGGUAAGGUGGGGUUGAGUGUACAGGAGCUGCCUUGUAUAGGCCAACCGGCCUCUUGCAGACUCCUUACGUUCUUAUGUUCUUAUGUUGGCCAUUGGGGAAUCAAAGUAAUUAGAAAAAAUAUUUAUAAGAAUUUAUUAUCUCAUCCAGGAAAUUGCAUCUAUACACAUUUUUAUACAAGUAUAAUGCAUGAAAACAAUAGAUACAGUAAAAGAAGUCAAUCAAACAACUGACAAUUAUUCACCAAACUUUUCAAAGUUAGUGUUUUUAUAUCUGAUAAGGAACCAAUAUAAUGUACAGAAAGAAGGUAGAAAGCAGAAAACAGGUUUGAAGAAUGGCACUCACCACAUACAUUCAUCAUAAACUUUUAACAUAUGGACAAGUUACCUAAAAAUCAAAGAAAAUAACAAGUGAAUAACACAUAACUUACAGCUAAUAGUUCAGUUUACACUGGGAGGGAGGCUGGAGAGUCUUUCAAUUAUUGAUUAAAGGUAAUGGAAUAAUUUUUAAUUAAGGGUAAAAAGGCAUAUUGAUUGACCCCUUCAGCACUCCCUCCAUAAUGGUGCAACACUGCUAACUCAUGUAGUUAUGGAUGUACCAGUCUAGUUAGAAAACCUUAGUUACAGCCAAUGUCGUUACUACCUUACCCCACUGUAUAGGGCAACUGAAAUCCAUUGAAUGACCGGAAAAUUGCAUAAAAUGCAUACUGUUAUGUCCGUGAUAUAAAUGGUGUGUGGUUGGUGCACAAAUCUACAGUACAAGCAGUGAUGGGUGAGGAUGGAUGACUACAAUGACAUGUGUGGCAGACAGUGUAUACCCAAACUUACUUUUGAAUCUGAAAUUAAUUACAACUUUCUUUUGGCUCAAAUUAUAACAUUUAGAAGUUUUGCAUUUACAAGUAGGAAAGUACCUGUAUAACUUAUUACAAAUCAAGGUUAGACAUCAAAUAAACCCAAACAGAGCUGGGCAUACAUGAGCCAAGGGGAGAAAGUCAGUUGUUUAAGAAUUUGUACAGUUUUUCUAUCACUUGUAAAAAAGUUAAUAUGAGGUGAUGGGAUACCUAAUAUAUAUAUAUAUAUAUAUAUAUAUAUAUAUAUAUAUAUAUAUAUAUAUAUAUAUAUAUAUAUAUAUAUAUAUAUAUAUAUAUAUAUAUAUGCAUGCACAUACACACACGCACAUUUAUGCAUGUCAAUAUACUUUUGCAAUCCAUAUUUUCCUGUUCACCUAUGAAAGCCAUAUGUCUUAGGCAUCAAAGGAAAUGGUAGUUAUUUUUCAAUUCUAACUUCGUCACCAUUUUGUGAGCUAAAAAUCCAUAGUGAGGAUGUUCGGCAAACUGCUCAGACAGUAAUCUCCACCUAUACUUUA